CCUUUUCAUUUUUUGCAGGUGUUACCAUUUCAAGAAAUAUUCUUGUAACCAAUUCUAUGCUAAGGAUCGUCUUCAGUAGAGGCUUCUGUAAGGGUGAUACAUUUCUAAUAUUAGAAUGGCUGUCAAAAGAAUAAGACGACAGUUAAAGAGACUGUUUUCCCACUGGAAACUUUGGAAGUUUAGCAUUUUUAUUUUUGUUUUUCUAAUAUGUUUAUUCUUAUUGCAAAGAGAAGUAGGUGUUCAAGACACUGAAAAUGAACCAGGGAUGAAGCCCAUUGUGGGAAAGAAAAGUAAUGUGCUGGACCUUGUGUUAAAUGCUGUGAACAAUAUUAAAGCUGCAAACCCAAAAAUGCAGAUAAAAGCACCUGUUAGGCAAACCAAGAUUCCUGGAGAGAGACACUGUUUACCAGGCUAUUAUACAGCAGCGGAACUGAAACCUUUUCUAGAUCGACCUCCUCAGGACCCUCAUGCUCCUGGAGCUUCUGGUAAAGCAUUUAAAACUACCAAUUUAAGUCCAGAAGAACAAAAAGAGAAAGAGCGGGGAGAAGAAAAACACUGCUUUAAUGCAUUUGCAAGCGACAGGAUUUCUUUGCAUCGGGACCUUGGCCCAGACACUCGACCUCCUGAAUGCAUUGAGCAAAAGUUUAAGCGUUGCCCACCACUGCCUACCACAAGUAUUAUCAUAGUUUUUCACAAUGAAGCAUGGUCUACUCUGCUAAGAACAGUUCACAGCGUGAUGUAUACUUCUCCUGCCAUACUGCUAAAAGAAAUUAUUUUGGUGGAUGAUGCCAGCGUAGAUGAAUACUUGCAUGAUAAGCUAGACGAAUAUGUGAAACCAUUUCAAAUAGUUAAAGUAGUCAGACAAAAGGAAAGAAAAGGACUAAUAACUGCAAGAUUACUAGGAGCCUCAGUAGCAACAGGAGAGAGUCUCACUUUUUUGGAUGCACACUGUGAAUGCUUUUAUGGCUGGUUAGAGCCAUUGUUGUCCAGAAUAGCUGAGAAUUACACUGCUGUUGUAAGUCCUGAUAUUGCAUCCAUAGAUCUCAAUACUUUUGAGUUCAGCAAACCUUCUCCUUAUGGACAUAACCAUAACAGAGGAAAUUUUGACUGGAAUUUGUCAUUUGGAUGGGAAUCUCUUCCUAAACAUGAGAAAAAAAGAAGAAAGGAUGAAACUUAUCCAAUUAGAACACCUACUUUUGCUGGAGGUCUCUUUUCAAUAUCAAAAGGCUAUUUUGAAUACAUUGGAAGCUAUGAUGAAGAAAUGGAAAUAUGGGGAGGUGAAAAUAUAGAAAUGUCUUUCAGAGUAUGGCAAUGUGGUGGACAGUUGGAGAUCAUGCCUUGCUCUGUUGUUGGCCAUGUCUUUCGCAGCAAGAGCCCGCACACUUUUCCAACAGGUACCCAAGUGAUCAUACGUAAUCAAGUCCGCCUUGCAGAAGUCUGGAUGGAUGAAUACAAAGAAAUAUUUUACCGAAGAAACACUGAAGCAGCAAAAAUUGUGAAACAAAAAAUAUUUGGAGACAUCUCAAAAAGACUUGAUUUAAGGCAACGCUUGCAUUGUAAAAAUUUUACUUGGUAUCUAAAUAACAUUUAUCCUGAGGCAUAUGUGCCAGACCUGAAUCCUCCAUUAUCUGGUUUUUUAAAAAAUAUAGGUAGACGUACAUGUCUGGAUGCUGGUGAAAAUAACCAUGGUGGCAAGCCAUUAAUUAUGUAUGCUUGUCAUGGACUUGGUGGAAAUCAGGGAAAUCCCUCUGGUAUAAUCAGUGCUUCUACUGCAAAUUCGGCAGUGAGGAGGAUGGAAGAAGAUGACCAACUGGGAUACAGAUGUGUGGAGUAUUUUGAAUACUCUGCACAUCAUGAAAUUCGACACAACAUUCAGAAGGAGCUCUGCCUGUAUGCUUCUCAAGGCGCAGUACAGCUUCAGGACUGUAGCUACAAAGGCCAAAAAACAUUCACCCCAGGAGAAGAGAAAUGGGAGCUUCAGAAGGAUCAACUGUUAUAUAAUGCAGCAUUAAAUAUGUGCCUUACAGGAAAUGGAGAACAUCCAAGCUUGGUAUCAUGUAAUCCAUCAGAUUUGUUCCAAAAAUGGAUUUUUGGCCAAAACAUUUGAAUACUUCAUGCAACAAGAAAUAUAUUUUUUAAAUACUUUAAAACUGUGACCAUAUAUUAUACACUACAAUUUGUUAAAAAUAAUGCAAAGCCAGCUGAUGUAAAAGAUAUCAAAACACUUUUUUAUGUAAAGAAAAACAUAAAACUUCAAAGCUCCCUUUAAAGUUGUAUUUAGAUUAUAAUAAAAACACCAAAGAA